AUGGGUCAACACGAGAUCGAGCUGCCGAUCAUUUGUGCUGGCGUUCCGCAGCACUCCUAUGCCUUCGAGGCUGCCGCGCUGCCGACAAAAACAGUAAUUGUGUACGCGGACCGGGCUGAGGUCAAGCGCCACGUGCACACCCAGCUUGCCAAGGGCACCAAUGAGAUUAUUAUUCAGGUGGGAACUUGGAAAAUUAGAACGUCUCUCGCGGUCAUCGAACGCCAAUCCGUACGAGUGGAUGGCAACGGAGUACUCAUCCAAGAAGUGCAGUACCAGGAGAUGCCCAUCGAUACUCUGACCGAAACGGAACGAGAUCCGCGAACAUCGGCGAAUUUCAGCUCUCCGGAUAUGUCACCACCCAUGGAGCGUCCAAUCGAAAGGCGGCAUUCUACAAACCAAAUCACCUGCCAAAUCGGACAAAAGCCGAGCCCGGCCGCCUGCAUGAACUUCCUGAUGGACGGGGAUUGCCUAAAGAAUUUGGCGACUUUCUUAACUUAUUACGGCGAAACCGUCCGAUCACUAAAAGCCGAAAUGCGCGGGAAGCAGCGAGAAUGCGAACGCUUGCAUGAGCAAAUCGAGCACCUGGAGCGCAGGAUUGAUCAGCUCAGGUGUGGCUACGAGUAUGACUCGAUCAAGCGCAACAUCUCUAUCAUCGUCGAGGUGGAGGAGAACAAGGAGGCCGAUCUUUUUGUGACCUAUCAGGUCUACUGCGCCGGCUGGAAGCCGACUUACGAUAUUCGGGCCUGUUCUACCCUUGAGGAAGAGAAGGAGAACUCGACUGUUAAGCUCUGCUACUACGGACUGGUCGAGCAGAACACUGGUGACACGUGGGCCGACUGCGACUUGGUGCUCUCUACGGCCUGCCCUACACACAAGGUUCUCGUUGCACAGGUCGAGCUCGGCUGCCUCUUCCGCCAUGAAGCCGUCCCCUGCAAGAGCACCUCUGCCUACCUCUCCGCCAUGGUCACAAACUCUUCAGGCUUUCCCUUGCUUCCGGGCAGCCUUUCCGUCUACAUGAAUAAUAGCUUCGUCUCAAAGAGCCACAUCAAUUUCGUAGCGCCCGGCGAGGAUUUCCGGUGCUGCCUGGGGCUGGACCCCGCCGUCAAAAUUGAGUACAAAUCGCCGUCGAGGGUCGUGGAACAGGUCGGUUUCAUGUCGAAGAGCUCCCUCAUCACACAGGAGCAAAUCAUCCACCUGCGCAACGCUAAAGUGAACCAGACCGUCCAGCUCACGGUCAAGGAGUACAUUCCGAAGAGCAAUGACGACAAGAUCAAGGUCGCCAUCGUCUCACCCGAAAUCCGCGGCAAGGGCCAGGAAGCCCGGCUGAACAAGGAGCACAACCUUGAGUGGAGCAUCACCCUUGCCCCCGGCCAAUCGAAGGACCUCUCCGUCAAGUAUACGGUAGAAUACCCAGCCCACGAGAAUCUCACCUACAAGAUUUCCUGC